AUGUACGCAAGAGCGCCCCACCCCCGGGGCUGUUCAUGUGAACAACUGGAAGAUGUUCAAGGAAGUGGCGCCCAGAUCUACCCUGGUAGGGGCAUCAGAUUCAUCCGCUCCGAUUCUCAGGUUUUUCUGUUCCUGAAUUCCAAGUGUAAGAGGUACUUCCACGAUCGCCUCAAGCCGUCCAAGAUCACAUGGACUGCUAUGUUCAGGAAGCAGCACAAGAAGGACUCUGCUCAAGAGUCUGUGAAGAAGAAACGCCGCUCCGCCAAGAAGCCUUACUCGAGGUCCAUUGUUAGCACAACUCUUGAGGUUAUCCAGAAGAGAAGGAUUGAGAAGCCUGAGGUCCUUGACGCCGCUCGCGAGGCCUCUCUCUGGUAUUUCUUCGUUUCGUUUCAUUAACUGCAUUGAUUCAAUCUAGCUGUUUUAUGAUUUAGUAAUCUGUAUGUGUUGUUAUCGUAUAUGUGCUAUUGGUGUCCUUUGAUCGAACAAGUUGUUUGAAUAGCUCGGCAAUAUCUGUAUGUUUGAGAUUAUAUAUGGUUGGAUAUAUGGAAUCCUGAUAUUACGUAUGGUAUAUGAUGCUUUACUUGAUCAGACUGUUGAUUUGGAGUGUGUUUGAGAUUGUAUUUGAACCUGUAGCUCAUGUGGAGUGAGAUCUGUAUUGUAGUUCUAAUGUUGAUGUGCAGUGUGUUUCCGAACUCUACCUGAUUUGAAUUAUGGCUCAGUUAGAUUAACUAUGUUCUGUAUAUGAUCUCACAAUCGUACUUUGGUUUUAGAAUGUUUGGUCUUUGAUAUAGUGAGACUUAUUUAUUGAUAGAGAUGUUCAACCAAGUAGUUUACAAUUCAUGGUUGUAAGAUGAAUAAAACUAUUAUUAUUCGACAAACUUACUUGCAUUACCACUCGAGGUUCAUUUCUUUUCUUAAUUCUACAAGCUACGGUUUCAUUGUGAUGAACAUGGAAACAAUUUUUUUAUUUUACUUUUGCCAGAGGAUUGCCACGUUUUCAGUUGAAUAAAAAAGUCUACAUUUUUAGUAUUUUGUAACAUUUUUAUUGAAAUUAAAAUUCACCAAUUCUCUGAACCUGCAAUCAAUUUCUCUAUUUUCUUUCUAUUUGCUUUGUUUGCUUCUAUUUUCAGUUUCAGAUUUACAUGUAUAUUUGAGGUUUCUCAGAUUUCGAUUUGUUUUGUUUGGUUUUAUUUUCAAUUUCAGAUUUACAUGUGUAGUUGCUAACUUUCGCAUUUAUAGUUUUGAAGCAGUCGUCUAAUUCAUAUGAACAAUAUUGGCAGUAGUGUGUAUCAGUGGAAUGAUAGAUUGUGGCAAAACAAAUACAUUAUCAGCAGAUAUAUAACUUUCGGUACCUAAAUAUUCAUGUUGCUAUUAGAUUCAUAUUUUUAUGCUAUCUCCAGUUUAACAAUCAAUUUGUAAACUUUUGGCAUCUGCCUAAGUAAAUUUUUUCUUUAACUCUAAUAAAACAUUUUGCUGACUAAUUCCAGCAACUAUUGCAGCUAUAACUAAAACAAUCGCCUUUUGAAAAAUUGGAGAAGGUACCAUUAUGAAAAAUCUCCACCAUUAAACUUUUGCUAGCUAGGUUAGUUUCAGUUUAAUACUUUCCGAAAAACAACAAUUCCCUGCAAUGCACUUGAGAGUUGAUAUAUGCACUGAACCAAAAAGCAGACAAUCAAACAUGAAAUUGUUGUGAGUACCAUUAAUGUACAAUGUUAAGAAGUGAGUACUAUUGUCGCGAGUACUAAUAAACAUGUUCUCAUUCUGAAUGUUUUAUUUUCUUUUGCAAGAAUGAUAGAAGUAAAGACGUGUAAGAAGAAGCUGGCCUCGAAAGUUAAUCUAUUGCCGUGAUCUGACAUCAUUGUGAUCCAAGUUCUGUAACGAUUGUGUAUAUUAAACUGAUAUUAUAUAUGACGUAUAUUAAUUGGUGUAGCAACGUUAUUUGCAGAGCUGCAUAAUUCACAUUGUUGAUUUAUUUUGAUUUAAAAAGACUAACAAGUCAUUUUGUUCUUAGGUUUGAUUCCAGCCCGUCUUAGUUCUGUUUCAACGAGUUUAGUGGAGCUGUUUCAACAAGUUCAGUGGAGCGAUAUCUUUUGCUUAUAUAAGGGCUUGAAAAAAAAUCAUUAUUCAGUUUAUUUAAGUAUCUGAGUGGGACAACAUUAACAAAUCCCGCAGCAAAACGCGGGUAAUAUUUCUAGUUUUACUCUUAAGAAGUGAAAAACGAAAGGCCAAAUUUAGUAGUACUUAAUGAUUUGUCAAUAAGUUAGGAACUGUGAAAUUGAUUUAGCACUAAAUAAAUGAUUGUUGCAUCAUCUUGAAGAUGAUGUCGAAGACCUCAGUUAUCUGAAAGUAUCUGAAAGAGCAAGAGAAAAAAGCUGAAUCAAUACAGCGUGUAGUUCUGACCAUUGACAUGCUGUUAUUUAUAAUAAAAGGCAGCAAGCACAAAUGGAUUUUUCAGUUCCUGAAU